UGGAGUUUGUGUUUUGUUUGUCUUGAGCUUCAGAGAAUGACGGAGGCAGAACUGUACUCGGUUCAUGAAGGUGUGUAUGUGCCGACGCAUUUACACCCUCCUGAAAGCCUGAAAUACUAUGAGGAGUUCACUUUCCGCCAGGAUGACAUCCUGAUCGUCACUUAUCCCAAAUCUGGCACAACAUGGAUGCAGGAGAUCGUGCCCUUGAUAGUGAGCGAGGGCGAUAUGACGCCUGUGCUGACGGUGCCGAACUGGGACCGAGUGCCGUGGCUGGAGGAACACCGGGCGAUACUGCUCAGUUUGGAGCAGAGGCCGUCUCCUCGCGUCUUCGCUACUCACUUUCAUCACCGAAUGAUGAACGAGUCUUACUUCAAAAUGAAGCCCAGGGUUCUGUAUGUCAUGAGAAACCCGAAAGACGUGUUCACGUCCUCAUAUCACUACUAUGGGAUGGCCUCAUACCUGGUGAACCCAGGCACUCAAGAUGAGUUCAUGGAGAAGUUCCUCGACGGAAACAUCAUGUUUGGUUCCUGGUUUGAUCAUGUCAAAGGUUGGCUUAAUGCUGAAGAAAAAGAAUCCAUACUGUACAUCUUCUAUGAGGAGAUGAUCGCUGAUUUGAAAGGAUCCGUGGAGAAAAUCGCCCAGUUUCUUGGGAAAUCUCUGAAGCCGGACGUGACGGAGAAGAUCGCUGACCACUGCGUUUUCAAGAACAUGAAGCAAAACAAAAUGUCCAACUUUUCUCUGGUUCCAGAGGAAUUCAUGAACCAGAAGAAAUCAGAAUUCCUGAGGAAAGGAAUCGCAGGCGACUGGAAGAAUCUGUUCACCGAAGCCCAAGAGAAGCGAUUUGAUGCUGUAUACAAAGACAAAAUGAAAGAUGUGAAAUUCAAAUUUCCAUGGGACUGAAAAAACAAGCUUUAAUUAACCCUGAUUAACCCUUUGGUGCUCGUCUACUAUAAGACUUUGACAGAUGUGUGUGAUUAUUACAUCCAAACCACCACACACAUUAUUCUAUAUGACUUAUACAUUGGUUUUUGUUUACAUAUACAUUUACAAUAGUUCACAAAAGUGGUUAUGUACUGAGUACCUCUGAUGUCUAUUCUACCUUAUUAAAAUGAAUAUUAACAUUCCUCAUUUGAAUAAAAGUAUACCUCAUAAA